UCGGCCAAUAGGCUUUUUUCCGUGUAGCGUGUUUUGUUUUGAUUGCGUGCUUUUUGCCCUAUUUUCACCCCAAAAAUGCUGGAAAAACUGAAGGAAAAAGGAUGGAAUCUCACGGAAGUUGGUGUGAACAAAUUGACGGACAAUGGGAAGAUUAGUGACACGAAUUCCCUGAUCAAACAAGCACUAAAUACGGAUCUUCGGGAUAUUGGGCACAAUGUGUUGCCGGGGGAGUUGAAGGGGAGUAGGUAUGAUGUUCCGGGGACUGGGGUAGUUGUGCAGGUGGUUAAAGUGAGAAAUGUGGCGGCUCCAAGGGCAAAUGAGGAGUCAAAAGUGGCACCGAGAUUGCUCAGGGUGCAUUUCACGGAUGGUCAGGGAAUUAUUCCGGGAAUUGAGUAUGAAUCAGUGCCCCAAUUGGGACUGAAUACGGUGCCGGGGACGAAGGUGUUGCUGAAGAAUGGGCCAAUUGGGGUGGGAAUGGGGAAUUUAUUGCUAAAAGCGAAGAAUAUUGAGAUUCUGGGGGGAUUUGUGGAGGCACUUGCGGAAAAAUGGGAAAUCUCGAGGACGAUGGCAAAAUUUGCCAAGGGUGGGGCACGGGGGAAUUCUGCGGCUCCUCCGUGGAUUCCCUUUGGGCAGAAGAUAGAUACAAAAUCACUGGAUGUCAAUAUAAAAUCCCUUGCGGGAGAUGUGGAGAAGGACACGGCGAAGGAAAAUGUAGAGUUCAAUGCUCAGAGGAGUGAGGCUAUUGCGGAGGCUAGUAAGGCGGCCAAGAAGGUGUUUGGGGGUGGGCAGAAGAUGAUGGAUCACAAUGUGCAGAAGAUUGUGGAUAAAGGGUACAGUGAAGAGGAAGCGCACUAUGCCCUGAAGAUGACCAGGAAUGAUUUGGGAAGGGCCAUGAGGCAGCUGAAGAGGCAGGCGGGGAGUGGUGAGGAGAAGCGUGAGGAGAGGGGAGAACGACCAAGAAGAGGAGGACGUGGUGGAUUUGGGAGAUCUGGCCAGGAUGGGGGGGAAGAGGCAUCAGCGAGGCCUUCCGGGAAGAUUUCGCUCUUUGACUUCCUGGAGACGAAACUCCCGGCAGAGGCACAAGAAGCUCGCGUUGAGCAUCGUCCGGAGCCUCCGCGCCCCGACCAACGCCGAAGCAAUCCCCACGAACGCGGCGGCAGGAGGCCAACCGGAGAUUUCCGGAGGCAGCAGGAUAUGAGAAAUUCAACAGAUAGACGUCGAAAUCCACCCAGGAUGAAUGCCCUGUACACUCAAAUGGACAAUUUGAGGAUCGAUGAGAGGCCCAGCAGGGAUUUCAACAAAGCCUUCCCACAAAUCCCAAAUGGAUUCGAUCCGAACAAAAUCAUGGGUUUCCAGAAUAAGGAAACCAAUGAAUUUGCCCGGAAUGUCCUCAAGCAGCAACUCAAUGAGCCACCGCCGCAGCCCCAAUCAUCCUGGCACUGGAAAAUUGGGGAUAGAUGCCUGGCAAAGUAUUGGGAAGAUGCAAAGUACUACGCAGCUGAAAUCACAGCAAUCACAGAGAAAACCUGCGUUGUGGCUUUCCUGGACUACGGGAACUACGAGGAAGUGCUCAAGGAUGAUGUUCUGCCGGUGCAGAUGGAGGAGGGCGAGAGGAACUUUGAGAGGCAGCAACAGAGGCAUCAGCAGAACUCACGAGGGCAGAAUUACAGGCAUGAGAGACAACCUUAUGCACAGAGGAAGUGAAUCCUCAAUCCUGUUAUUUUUCUUCUUUUUGGAUUUGAAAAUAAACUCGAAAUUAUCCGA